AUGGCAUCAGAAGUGUUUGUCCGUGGGAUGCUCUUUCUCUCCCUCACCGUUGUGGGAAUUCCAGGUAAUGCCACUGUAAUUGUGGCAUUCCUCCUCUUGCUGUACCAGGAGAAGCGACUUUUAGCAGCUGAUGCUAUUCUCCUGCACCUGGCCUGUGUCAACCUGCUGGUGGUGGCUGUACGUGGUUUGACGGAGACCCUGGCCUCCUUCCGUCUGGCCGACAUCUUUGGAGACACAGGCUGUAAAUCAGUGAUCUUUAUCUAUAGAGCAACACGUGGCCUCUCAAUCUGGCUCACUUUCCUGCUGAGUACCUAUCAGUGCUUGAGCAUUGCCCCUCCAGGAUCAAGCUGGGCUUCUGUUCGUGCCUUGUUAGGUCACUAUUUGGCCUUUGUGUUCCUCUUCCUUUGGGUUCUCAAUGCCUGCAUGACGACAGCAGCCAUCCUGUUUUCUUUCAGUACCAAGAAUGAAACUAGCCCGAUAGACAAUGGCAUUAAUGUACAAUUCUGCUAUUUGAACUUUCCUUCAAAGCUGUCCAGAGAUGCCAACGGGGCAAUCCAGGUUGGCAGGGAUGUUGUGCCCAUGGCCCUCAUGACACUCGCAAGUCUGAUUAUCCUGGUAUUCCUUUACAAGCACAGCCAGCAGGUGAAGGGACUCCGCAGUAGUGGUGCUGGAAAUGGUGGAGCUGAACAACGAGCUGCCAAAGCUGUGGUGGCACUUGUGACCUUGUAUGUUGUCUUCUAUGGGGCAGAUAAUGGGCUUUGGGUGUACACCCUCACUGUGAAGAAAACCAUGAGUUCCUCACUGAUCUCUGACCUGCGUUUAUUCUUUGGCUCGCUAUAUGCAGCACUAAGCCCUGUGGUUAUAAUUGCAUCAAACAGGAAGGUGAACAGCAGGCUGGGGUGUGUAGCACAUGAGACGUCUGCUGUGGAGAAAAUCAAAAAUCUUUCUAGCAUGUGA